AGGAGCGGCGGAGCGGCUGGGCGCCCACUCGUCCGAAACUGGUGCGCGGUGGUGGGCGCGGCGGUGCAGGAUGGGCUGGUGCGGCUGCCGCUUCGGGCCGCCGCCGUCGCGGCUGCUGCUGCCGCUGCUGCUGGCGGUGGCCGGCGCCGGCGCGGCCCCGCGCUCCGCGCUCUACUCGUCCUCUGACCCGCUGACGCUGCUGCAGGGAGACACGGUGCGCGGCGCCGUGCUGGGCUCCCGCAGCGCCUGGGCCGUGGAGUUCUUCGCCUCCUGGUGCGGCCACUGCAUCGCCUUCGCCCCGACGUGGAAGGCGCUGGCCAACGACGUCAAAGGCUGGAGACCGGCCCUGAAUGUCGCUGCCCUAGACUGUGCUGACGAGACCAACAGCGCAAUCUGCAGAGCCUUCGACAUCCCCGGCUUCCCGACCGUGAGGUUCUUUAAGGCCUUUUCCAAGAAUGGCUCAGGAUCAACACUGCCAGUGGCUGGUGCUGAUGUGGAGAUGCUGCGGAAGAGGCUCAUCGACGCCUUGGAGUCCCAUAGUGACACGUGGCCCCCCGCCUUUCCCCCGCUGGAGCCGGCCAGGCUGGAGGAGAUUGAUGGAUUCUUUGCGAGAAACAACGAAGAUUACCUGGCCCUGAUCUUUGAAAAGGAAGGCUCCUACCUGGGUAGAGAGGUGAUUCUGGACUUGUCCCAGCACCAGGGCAUAACAGUGCGCAGGGUCCUGAACACGGAGGGUGACGUGGUGAGCAAGUUUGGGGUCACCGACUUCCCGUCUUGCUACUUGCUGUUUCGGAAUGGCUCUGCCUCCCGGGUCCACGUGCUUGCGGAAUCCAGGUCCUUCUACACCGCUUACCUGCAGAGGUUCCCCAGCACCCCCCGGGAGGCUGUCCCCACCAAGGUCGUGCCAACCACUGCUCACACGGUAGCUCCCAUUGUGUGGAAAGUCGCAGAUCGCUCCAGGAUCUACAUGGCUGAUCUGGAAUCUGCACUGCACUACAUCCUACGGGUAGAAGUGGGCAGAUUCUCUGUCCUGGAGGGGCAGCGUCUGGUGGCCCUGAAAAAGUUCAUGGCAGUGCUGGCCCAGCACUUCCCUGGCCAGCCCUUAGUCCAGAACUUCCUGCAUUCCAUAAAUGACUGGCUCAGGAGGCAGCAGAGAAAGAAAAUCCCCUACGGUUUCUUUAAAGCUGCCCUGGACAACAGGAAGGAGGGCGCUGUGAUUGCCAAGAAGGUGAACUGGGUUGGCUGCCAGGGGAGUGAGCCACAUUUCCGGGGCUUCCCCUGUUCCCUGUGGAUCCUCUUCCAUUUCCUGACAGUGCAAGCAGCUCGACACAAUUUCGACCACUCACAAGAGACAGCCAGGGCCCAGGAGGUCCUCCAGGCCAUCCGAGGCUAUGUGCGCUUCUUCUUCGGCUGCCGGGACUGUGCCAGCCACUUCGAGCAAAUGGCCACGACCUCCAUGUCCCGGGUGGAGAGUCUGAACAGCGCCGUGCUCUGGCUCUGGUCUAGCCACAACAAGGUCAACGCUCGCCUCGCUGGCGCUGCCAGCGAGGACCCCCACUUCCCCAAGGUGCAGUGGCCGCCCCGCGACCUCUGUGCCUCCUGCCACAACGAGCUUCGGGGCACGCCUGUGUGGGACCUGGACAACACCCUCCGAUUCCUCAGGACCCACUUCUCCCCAAGCAACAUCGUCCGGGACAUGCCUUCCGCUCGGCCGGGCCCCCGGAUGCUUGCCCAGAGGAUGGCAGCCGGGAAUUUUACUCUGGGCCCCGAGAAGGCGGGGAUCGAGGUGGGCCCCGGGACCAAGUCCCCCGGAACCGCUGUUCCUGACGUUCCAGCCGAGAGGCUCAGGGCGAGUCACCCCCAGGAUGUGCUCCUUGGCCCCAGUAUGACCCCAGCCGACACAGCAGAGCUUCAGAGGGACGAGGUGGAGCAGCCGAAAGGGCAGCCACACUUGAGCAAGCGGGACACAGGAGCCGUACUGCUGGCUGAGUUCCUGGCGGAGAAGAACCUCCCCAGAGGCCCUGCAGAGCUAAGGCGAUUAGGUCGCAGCUCGAAGCAGCUGGCCAGCAUCCCUGAUGGGGGGCUGGAGGCUGCGCCCAUGCGGGGCCAGGACCAGUGGCUGCAGGUGCUGGGAGGGAACUUCUCCCACCUGGAUAUCAGCCUCUGUGUGGGGCUCUACUCCCUGUCUUUCAUGGGCCUCCUGGCCGUCUACACCUACUUCCGGGCCAGGAUGAGGGCGCUGAAGGGCCAUGCGGGCCACCCCACAGCCUGAACCGUUUGACUUGGGAGGGGGGCAGGGACGGGAGCUGCCACUCGUGGUGCUCUCCCAGCCCCCUGCCCCUCGCCCCUCUCCCCGUGUUCCUUGUCCCGGGAAAUCCAGGGAAACCAGUUGCUCCAGUGAACCUCCUUGGGCCCUCUGGGAAGGAAUGUUCCAUAGACAUGAGAGCAUGCGUAGGGUUUGUGUUCAUCUGACAGCACAGCAGAGGGCAGCCUUGGGCAGAGCGGUUGGGAGGCUCAGUCCCUGGCCUCCCAGCACCAGAUUCCUCUCUCUUACCUUAUUUGAAGUCCUGCCUGUUCUCGCUGAAGCUUCCGUGUCUCCAUCUGGUCUUGGCCCUAAACUGGGGCAAGCAAGGCCAUGGAUCCCCAGGUUCCCCACCCAGAGGAGGGUUCCCCGGCCUAGUGGGCUAGAGCAGAACUCUUCACUAUAUUCCAGGGCUCCGUCCAUCCUCCUCCCUUCAGGAUGCAAAGAGGCCUUUGUGCCAGAGAAGGAAGGCCCUCCGUGGCCUGUACAUCCUCCAGCCCCUCGUAUCUCCAGGGCGGGGUGUGCUUUUGGGUGUGGGGGGGGGUUGGUCUGGAAGCUUCUGAAAGUCCUGCUGGUCUCCCAGGUGAGGCUUGGGGUCAGGGUUGGAGGGAGGAGAGCUGCUGGCUCCUUCCCCAGACCUCCGCUGCUGGAGCUGGUGUGGACUUGGGCAGGUGAUGGCCAGGGGGCUGGGUGGUGAGCGGCUGGCUUAGGCGGGACCUGAGGGGGGCUAGUAUGGGAUUUAGGGAGAGUUACUGGUGUCUUUAGUGCCUUGGCUCUGGGCCUAGCUGUGAGGGAAGAGGGGAGCCUCAGGGAAAAGACGGUUGCUUCAAAUGUGCUUUGGCUCCUCCCUAGUGGACUCUACCCCUUUUGGAGCUGGGUCUUUUGUCUUUUGAUUUUGGUCUCCAAAACAGAUGCUAAUCUUUGAAUGUGGAGGGUGCUGGAGUGAGGGGCGUAUCCUCUCUUGAGGGUCCACCUCCCAUCGUGUAGAGGUUAAAAGGGUCAGAGGGGAGGGUGGCUCUGUACACAUGCUUGAUUCCCACUCUACCCCACUGCCUGGGAGGGUUGCGGAAUAAAUUAUUUUUGUUAAAGCAA